UUGAGCUAUCUGUCGCUGCUCAAGUGCUCAAACUGCUCAUCAUGGAUUUCUCCCACCACCACCACCUCUCCGAGUCCGACGAAGACUCCGCCGUUGAAGACCUCCUCUCCCAAGCCAAAGAUCACGUCCUCCUCGAGCAGCUCGCCUCCAUCAACUGCUCCUCCUUCACCGACGACUCCGUCCUCCCCACCCACCUCGAGUCCCGCUUCUCCAAACUCAAGUCCUUCCCGGCCAUCACCGCCGCCACAACCACCGCUUCCUUCCGCCGUAAUUCGAUUUCCCCUCAAAACCCAGAUGAGCUAAAGGCUCCUCUUCCAAAAGCACAACAAUCUAGGAAUGUCUCGCCGCCUCUGAAAUCGCCGGAGUUUUCACCGGAAAAGGUAGUUUCGUCGUCGAAGGCUUCGAAGCCAAAACCGAAACAUGGGUCUCUUUCAUCUGCCUCGAAUUCUUCGAAUUCAUCUCCAGAAAGUGCGACGUUCUCACCGGCCAAGCGAGUUUCAGGGAAGAAGCAGCGGUCUAAGUCGAAGUCGAAGUCAGGGCGGUUGUCCUCUCCGUUGGGUUCUUGCAAUUCGUUGAGGGAGGACUCUCCUUCGCCGCCGAGGAAAGCCGGGUGCUUCUGGUGUUCUCCGAAGAGGAACAUUGCUUCGUCUCAGAGGAGGAGUAAGGAAAAUGGGGGUGUUGGAGGUGGGAUUGGUCUCGACUUCAGCGACGACAGUGAGCUCUUAUCGGGUUUGGGAAGCUUUUCGAAGAAGGAGCAGAGCAAGAUUCUGAAGAAGGCGAUGAAGGAGGAAGAGAAGAUCAGUAGGGAAGCUGAGAAAAUUGUGAAGUGGGCUAAGCAAGAGUCGGCUAGGAUGAAUGUCACAGGUAUUGAUGAUGAACUUAGUGAUUGAUGAUUACACUAGUGUUACUAAUAUGGUAAAUUAAUAUUUUUGGGUUUCAUAAAAGCAAAUUAGGAAGUAUAGGUGGAUAUCUGUUUGUUUGUCUGAUCAUAUAACAUAUAUAUAAGUAAUGGUAUACAUGAAA